AUGAGUUCGCCUAUUAACGUGUACGUCGUGUUCUACGGGUCGUGGAGUCGCGAGGACCGCCGAGCUGUUAACACAUUCGUGCAAUCGAUUUCGGACAACUCGGGUAACAGUGUCGCGAGCGUGCGAAGAUGGUGGCGAACCACCAGCUUGUACACUGGCAGAGGCGGCGUUGCAGUAACGUCGCAGGUGCGGCUUGCGAAAUCCGCGGUGGACAGAUAUUCGCAGGGGAAGAUGAUACGGGACGACAUGAACGGCGUGUGGCAAGUUAUUCGCAGGCAGAUUGAUUCGGGUAACUUUCCCAUCGAUGCUUCUGCGAUUUACGUCGUCUUAACGAGUCCGGACGUGCGAUUGGGCGACAGAUCCCAAGGCUUCUGCGGGCCGCAAGGGUACUGCGGGUCAGCGCGACCACCACCUUCCCCACCCACUCCCCACCCUCUCCCUCUGCCGUCACCACCCCCUCCACUCCCCACUCCCCCCCUUCCUCCCCCUCACAUCCCCCCCCUCCCCUCAACCCAUCGUUAUGCUUAA